ACUCUUUGAGAAAGUUCUUAAACUUGGGUCUCUUCAAGAUCUUUCUUAAGGAAUUGAAGAGCUUGGAAAGUGACCAGAUGACAACCAAGGAUAUGAAAGUUCAAAUUCCAUCUAGGAGUGAGGUCGUGUCAGGUACUGGGGUGGUGGAGUUUCAAGGGGCUCCUACUGUGGGACAAGGUGGGCUUACGAGACAACCUAGUAUGACCAAGACCACUUGUCUCUGCUCUCCAACCACACAUGCUGGUUCAUUUCGAUGCAGGCUUCAUCGCACUCCUAGCCUCCAGAGGACCAAAAGCAUCGAAUCAGAGUCCCUCCGUGAUCACGCAUCUACGGUUCAUUAUGAUAACAAGGAUCUAAUGCAUUGAUCUUUUGCAAAAUUGAAUGUUGAAUAUUAUGUUGCUAUGUGGUUACUUCUGUUUGCUGCGUGGGCGUGUCAUGUUUACUAGUAUCUAUCUAUUUAGUUAUAUUCGUGAUCUGUGGAGAUGACAUGUAAGCAAUUUUAUUCUCUAUUUGAUUAUCAACUCUGUAAUUUGUGGUCAUUUAUCACUCUUGGUUGAUUGUCUGUCUUUGAGUUUUGUCGAUCCAUGUUGAG